AUGUUGGUGGUGGAGGUGUUGGUGAUGAUGAUGAAGGUGAUAGUAGUGAUGGUGAUGGUGGAGCUGAGAGGAAGCAUCAGGGUUCACUGUCGAAUCCGCCCCCUGCUGCCCUUCGAUAGCAGCUUUGAUGACCCAGGUCAGCCACACAGCUCCGUGUCGGGAACGGUGGUGCACGCCGUGGAUGACGAGACCCUGUGGGUGAAGUGCAGCCGCCCCGGCCACCCCCCGGUGGAUAAGACAUACUCCUUUGAAAGAGUCUAUGGCCCAGCUGAGGGGCAGGACGCUGUGUUCGAAGAUGUUCGGCCCCUGCUCAUGUCGCUCCUGGACGGGUACAACGUCUGCGUCAUGGCCCACGGGCAGACGGGCAGUGGGAAGAGCCACACCAUGCUGGGGCCUUCCCCUGCUGUCGGCGCGGCCCCACCUGCCGGAGCUCGCCGGGACCUGGGGGUGAUCCCGCAGGCUGCUGAGGAGCUCUUCAGGCUCCUUUCAGAAAAUCCCCCGCGGAAGCCUGCGGCCGAGGUCUCCAUCGUGGAAGUUUACAACAACGAGGUUUUCGACCUUCUGACCAGAGACAAGGCUCCUGCUUCCAGGACCCAGCGCGAGGGGAAGGCCCUCGUGGGGGCAACCCGCCAGAUGGUGCACAGCGCUGCGGAAUUCAUGAGUCUGGUUGCUGGCAGUCUGCAUCUCAGGGUUAGACACCCCACCCUGGUGCACGCUGACUCGUCCAGGUCCCACCUGAUAAUCACAGUGACUCUGCCCGUGGCCACCUCCCCCGGCAGCAGUGGUCACCCCCCAGACCACCCACCAGGCUACGUGCCCACCUGCCCUUCCCCUCGGCCAUUGGUGAGAGAGAAGCAGCGGGCUGUGAGUCCCGUCUUCCCUCCUGGGCUGGGUUUCGGGGGCCCCUCGGCUCUGCUGGAACAGGCCUGCACCCAGCUACAGUUCGUGGACCUGGCCGGCAGCGAGUGUGCAGGCGUAUCCGGUGUGACAGGGCCGGCCCUGCGAGAGGCCUCCUGCAUCAACAGGAGCCUGGCGGCCCUUGGGGAUGUCCUGGGGGCGCUGUGGGAGCACCGGGGCCACAUCCCUUACCGUAACAGCAGGCUCACCCACCUGCUGAAGGAUGGCAUUGGAGGUGACGCCAAGCUGCUGCUGGUGCUGUGCGUGUCCCCCUGCCCCGAGCACCUGGUGUCCACCCUGCAGACACUGAGCUUUGGGGCCCGGGCCCGGCAGGUCCAGUGGGGCAGCGCGGGCAGCAGAGGCCCCAGGAAGCCCACGUGA